AGUCAGUACGGAAAAGGCUGAUAUGGAGAUUAACCUUUUUGAAAUUGCCAACAGUAGCCCUUCAGGAUCAGCUGCUGUGGCUUUCAUGAGCUACAACACGAUGGAGAAUCUACUGAAGCCAGACUUCUUCAACACAUCAAACAACACGAUUAAAACCAUGAUGUCCACUGUGAUCUCAGAUACUCUUCCCAAACCCACCAACACUAAACUCACCAAACCAGUCAACUUCACCCUAAAACACAUCAGAGAGUUUGAUCCCAGUGGUUCUGUGUCCUGUGUGUACUGGAAUAUCAGCGAGUGGAUUGUAGAAGGUUGUUCUGUUUUAAAGACCAACAGCAGCUACACUGUGUGUUCCUGUGAUCAUCUGUCCACAUUCGCUCUCAUCAUGCAAACUAGCCAUCCACCAGAGAGCAACCCACUGAUGGAGCUGUUGAAUUUGGUGUGUGUGAUUGUGGGGCUGGUGUUCUUCAGUUUGGCCCUGUUGAGCUUUGCCCCUGGGUCAGGCAGCAGUACAGGAAGCUCUUCAGAUGUCUUUGCUGUGCCAAACAACACUGAGGACAUCAGCAUCAAGUUCUGA